AUGUCCAAGUACGCCAAAAGCCAGCCCGUCGGCUUCAAAAAUGCCAUCGAGAGAAUCGCCAUUGUCGGUGCCGGAGGCACCAUUGGAUCGCACAUUACUGCUGCCCUCCUGAAAACCGGGAAACACACCGUCACGGCAGUCUCCCGCAAAGGCAGCAGCAACAAACUCCCCAAGGGCGUCCUCGUCGCCCCAGUUGACUACAACGACGAGGCCAGCAUUAUUGACGCCCUGAAGGACCAGCAAUUCUUUAUCAUCACUAUGGCCCCCACCGCACCCCGGGACACACACAGCAAGCUCGUCCAGGCAGCUGCCAAGGCUGGUGUCCCCUACAUCAUGCCCAACGCGUAUGGCGGCGACAUUGACAACAUCAAACUUGGGGAGGAAACGAUGCUGGGGCCCGUAGGCAAGGCCAACAGGGACGAGAUUGAGAGACUUGGCAUGCAGUGGAUCACUAUCUGUUGUGGGUUUUGGUACGAUUACAGCCUGGCAGGCGGCGAGGCGCGUUUUGGGUUCGACUUUGACAAGCGUUCCCUGACAAUCUAUGACGACGGCAACACUAAGAACUCAACCUCGACGUUGUCGCAAGUUGGGCGGGCCGUGGCCAAAGUGCUGAGCCUCAAGGAGCUCCCCAAUGACGAAAGCGACAAAAGUCUUACUCUAUCGGGGUUCCUCAACAGGGGCGUGUACAUCAAGAGCUUCGUGCUCAGCCAAAACGACAUGUUUGAGAGCGUUAAGCGCGUUACGGGUACCACUGAUGCUGACUGGAAGGUUACCCACGAGGCCAGCAAGAAGCGAUAUGAGGAUGGCCUGGCGCAAGUUAGAGGUGGUAACAUGGCGGGUUUUGGCAAGUUGCUCUAUGCCAGGACGUUUUACCCGGAUGAUUCGAGUGAGUUCUCGGCCAAGGCGCAGAAUGAGCUUCUUGGAUUGCCAGAGGAGAGCCUGGAUGAGGCUACUAAGGCUGGGGUGGAUAUGGUCAAGGACCUGCAGCUUCGUGUCGAGCGUAUGGCGGCCUAG